AGCGACUAUCAGUGUUACAACUGUGUAGGUUAUAACCAACAUAACACAUCGUAUAACACAAUGGCUAGAGGACAGCAGAAAGUGCAGGCACAGCAGAAAGCUGCCGCCAAGGCAGCCGGAAAGAACAAGAAGAACACAGGGCCACAUGCACGCCAAGUAGCUGAGAAAAGCAUGCAAUUUAAGUGCAAGGUGUGCAUGAUGAUGAUACAGUCGGCAGUGACAUACAAGGAACACUUUGAGAGCAAGCAUCCCAAGGCCGAUUUGCCCGAUGAAUUGAAGGAGGUCUAAGGAGUAUGCGUGUGAGUGUGAGUGCGUAUGCUGUGUGAUGAAUGAGGUUCCGGGAAUAGACGAUGCAUUCUUGUCCAAUCAGAAGCAAACGUGUACACACAAACGCACACACAUACACACAGGUAUAUAUAU